AUGGUGAAGAGGACGAAGAAGAAACCCACAGACGAGAGCCUCCUGGGGAGCAUGUUCAGUUUGAUCUGCGAGCACCAGAUAGGCCUGUCUGUCAACCUGCUCCUGCUCCUCUUCCUAUCCCACCUCAUGUUCCCGCGCAUACGAUGGCGGACCCAAAAGUUCUUCCACCUCUCCUAUUACAACGAAGAGAGCGGCAUGUACACGUCGGGAAUCGACGAUCUGUCCUAUGUGGCCUUUUGGAUUGUCGUGUUCACGGGCCUGCGUGCGAGUGUCAUGGACUACAUACUUCACCCAUUAGCGUCACUUGGGGGCAUCAACCGGCCCAGAGACGUAGUCAGAUUCGUCGAACAGGCAUGGCUAAUAGUGUACUAUUCCGUCAUCUGGCCAAUGGGCAUGUACAUAGUAUACAACUCCUCCUAUUGGUUCAAUUUGAGAGAGAUGUGGACCAAUUGGCCGAUUGCCCAAAUGGACGGCCUUUUCAAGUGGUAUUAUCUUGUCCAAUUCGCUUUUUGGUUACAACAGAUCCUGGUUGUCAACAUCGAGGAGCGCCGGAAAGAUUACGCGCAAUACCUCGCUCAUCACAUUAUUACGUCUGCUCUCAUGUUCAUGAGCUAUGGCUACUACCAGAUGAGGGUCGGAACUGUCAUUCUGAGUUGUAUGGAUGUUGUGGAUAUUAUUCUUUCCGCUGCCAAAAUGCUCAAAUACCUUGGCUUUGACGGCAUCUGCGAUUAUAUCUUCGGGUUGUUUAUGGCCACCUGGGUGGUUGCGCGACACGGCUUCUACCUCUCGAUUUGCUGGUCUCUCUAUGCUCACACCCCUACUUCACUCCCUUCAGCAUGCUACAACUCUGACACCGGGGUUAUGCUCGCUCCCUCCGAACCAGGCUACGAAAAGAAUGGAGGGACCGAAAUCUGGAAGAACAUUCUCCAAACCUACAUCGAUCCCCACGGCCCAGUUUGCUGGAACUCGAACAUUGAAUGGAGUUUUAUGGGGCUCUUGCUCGCGCUCCAAUUCAUCACUUUGCUCUGGUUCGCCCUGAUCGUCAAGGUUGCAUGGAAAGUAGUCAACGGGGGGGUAGCAGACGACGUGCGCUCCGACGACGAAGGCGACGAUGAGGAAGAGAUUGAGGUUGAAGAAUAUUCUGACCACCCCAAAUCUUCCAUUCCAUCGCCUUCUAAAGCCAAAGCUAACAUGGUCAUGGAAGGUGUACCUCUAGAGGAAGAGGUCGGGGUCGAGUCCUUGACGUUCGUCCGCCGCAACAGCCCCGGCGUGCUCAACUACAAGCGCAGCAGUGCCGGGCGCGGCGGCGGCAACAGGUCGAGCGGUAUCAGUAUUCCCGGUCACGGCGACCGGAAGGAGUUGCUUGGUCGCAUUGGGUGCGAUAAACCCACUUGA